AGAAUGUAAUAAAUGCAUCGAAUGUGUCACUUUUGUGUAUAAUGUAACAUCGGACUUCAAUCGAUAAGUUGAGAUACGAGUAUCGAUGUUGUUUGUCAGUCGAGUAUCGAUAAGGUAGUCGAACUGCAUAACAAAUUCGAGCGCGAUAAUUUCAUUACAACAACCUCGAAUUUCCUACAGCAAGAUUUUAACUGUUGCGACACUUUCAGACAAUUUUUUUUUCUAAAUCUACAGAUUUGACGUAAUUCUCUUUCAAAUAGAAUACGAAGAACGCAUUUCGAACGGUAGGGAGUAAAAUCUGAUUUUUCAAAAUGGCACGAGAAGGAGCAAUCACAAAAAAGUCGAUGGAAAUGACGUCCGCGCUAAACGAGGUUGCGAUUGGUUGUAAUACACGUGACAGCUACGCUCGUCACUUCCGUUUCGCGGGUAAAUUACUCGGGGUAACAUUUUCAAUCGUGCCGGUUACUCGUCGUGUUGUGAAGUCGAGUAAUAUCUGCGUGAACAGUACCUGCUGCGGAGGUGACACUUCGACGCAUCCGAGGAAUCAACAUGCACGUGCUCAAACGUGAUGGACGCAAGGAACCUGUGCAUUUCGACAAGAUAACUGCAAGAAUCGAGACACUAUGUUACGGUCUGGACAUGAAUUACGUGGAUCCAUCUGCAAUCGCACUUCGGGUUAUAACCAAUUUAUGUUCUGGAGUGACAACGAUCGAAUUGGAUAACUUGGCAGCUGAAACUGCGGCGACUAUGAUCAAUCAACAUCCAGAUUAUGCAACUUUAGCAGCUAGAAUUGCCAUAUCCAACCUGCACAAGGAAACAAAGAAGGUCUUUAGUGAGGUGAUGACUGAUUUGUAUUGUGCAAAAAGCUCGAUCACAAAUAAACGCCUAUCUAUAAUUGAUGAGAAAUAUUAUGAAAUUAUCAAAAAUAAUGCAGACAAGUUGAAUUCUGCAAUAAUAUAUGAUAGAGAUUUUAACUAUAGUUAUGCUACAUUUAAAAUGCUUGAGAGUGAUCACUUGUUGAAACUAAAUGGAAAAAUUGUUGAGAGGCCACAGCACAUGUUAAUGCGAGUUGCUGUAGGUAUUCAUGGCAAAGAUGUUGAUAAGGCUAUUGAAACAUAUAAUUUAAUGUCAAAACAGUAUUUUGUACAUGCUGCACAGACAAUGAAUACUGCAUGUGCUGGUACACAACAAAUGGCUAGCUCGUUUUUGUUGACAAUGUCUGGUGAUAGUAUAGAUGGAAUAUUGGAUACAUUAGAACGAUUUGCUAUUCUUUGUCAUUAUAAUGGUGAAAUAGGCUUCAAUGUGCAUUGUAUUCGAGCAAAGAAUACGCCUAUAAGAGGCACAGGGGGUGUGUCAAAUGGAUUGGUGCCUAUGUUAAAAGCGUACAAUACAUCUAUUGCGACCGUUUCUAAAAACGGCAAAAAUGAAGGACCGAUUACUGUAUAUUUAGAACCAUGGCAUGCAGAUAUCUUCGAAUUCUUGGAUCUCAAAAGGAGUAUUGGCGAGGAACAGUCUAGAGCAAAAGGCAUGUGUUAUGGACUGUGGACUCCAGAUUUAUUCAUGAAACGUGUUUAUGAUGAUGAUGUAUGGAACCUAAUGUGCCCACAUGAGUGCCCUGGAUUAAUUGAAGCUUGGGGUGAUGAAUUUGAAGCUUUAUAUAUCAAAUAUGAAAAAGAAGGACGUUCUCGAAGACAAGUUAAAGCCAGGGAGUUGUGGCUUCUCAUUAUUCAAAUACAAUUUGAAACAGGAGUACCAUACAUAGUUUUUAAAGAUCACUGUAAUCGUAAAUCAAAUCAUCAGAAUCUGGGCACAAUUAAAUGCAGCAGUUUCUCUACCGAAGUAGUUCAAUAUUCAAGUGCUGAUGAAGUUGCCAUGUGUAACAUGGCUUCAAUUGCUGUUAACAUGUUCGUGAAUUCUAAUGAGAGAACUUUUGACUUUUAUAAACUUAAGGAAGUAGCAAAAAUUGUCACCUAUAAUUUGGAUAAAAUGAUUGACCUUAGUUUUUAUCCUCUACCAGACGCAAAAUUGUCAUGUGAUAAACAUAGAUCUAUCGGUAUUAGUGUACAAGGAUUAGCAGAUGCGUUGAUCUUAAUGAGGUAUCCAUUUGAAAGCGACGAAGCUAAGGAACUCAACAUCCAAAUUUUUGAAACUCUUUAUUAUGGCGCUUUAGAAGCAAGUUGCGAAAUAGCUAUUGAGAAAGGUCCUUAUGAGUCAUAUGAAGGCAGUCCAGUUAGUAAAGGUAUUCUCCAGUAUGACAUGUGGAAUGUGAAACCAACAAAUUUAUGGGAUUGGGAUAUUUUAAAGGUAAAAAUUGCUAAACAUGGAGUGCGCAAUUCUUUGUUAAUAGCGCAAACGUCGGAUGCAUUUAUGGCGCAAAUGUUGGAAAAUAACGUAUCAGUUGAGCCAUAUACGAGCAACAUAUAUAUGAUAUAUGCAUUAUCAAAACAAUAUCCAGUUAUUAAACCACGUUUGCUACGAGAUCUAAUUGAGAAAGGUCUUUGGGAUGAAAAUAUGUGUAACAAAAUUCUUGUUAACGGCGGAUCUAUACAAAAUAUUAAAGAUAUACCUGAGGAUUUAAAGUUACUUUAUAAAACCGUUUGGGAAAUGCCACAAAAAACUAUUUUUGAAAUGGCUGCUUCUCGAGGACCUUUUAUCGAUCAGUCGCAAUGUUUAAAUGUCCAUAUGAUUGAUCCUUUAGAAAAGCUUUCAUCCAUGCAUCAUUAUGCUUGGAAAAUUGGUUUGAAAUCCAGUAUGUACCAUCUUGUAACUAACAGUAAUAUAAACUAGAUGUAAGAUUCCACACGCACACACACAACAUUAAAAUAAAAAAUUUAUUCAAAGGCAAAAAGUGAAAAUAAUGUAAGAAUUUACAUCAAGAUAAAAGCAAAGAUUUUUUUUAAUGUCACAAUAAAAAUUGUAUUUAUCAUUUUAAAACUAA